AUGGUUCGCAAGAAGGUGCCCCUCCGGUACAUCGGCGAGGACUCCAUCCGUCGCCGUACCUACGAGACGCGCCGCAACUACCUGAUGAAGAAGGUGGGCGAGUUGGGCAUCCUGUGCAACACCAAGGCCUGCGUGCUGGUGUAUGACGAGGGCGCGUCGGAGCCGGAUGUUUACCCGUCCCAUGCUGAGGCGGUGGCUAUGUUGAAUCGAUACAAGGCCAUGCCGAACAUGCCGCAGUUCAAGAAGACGACGAGCCAGGAGGAGUUCCUCACCAAGUGCCUCGCCAAGCUCCAGCAUCAGGCCAACAAGCUCCAGAGCGAGCGUGAGGACCGCAACAUCAGGGCCCUCCUGCACAAGGCCAUGCUCGGUGGCAACCUCAGCGCCGAGGAGGUCGCCAGGGUUGGUUGUAAGCCGGGGGAGAUCCACAAGAGCCUCGUCGAGCGCAUCGCUAAAAGCAACUCGCAGCCGCCGGUCUUCCAGUCCCAAGCGCCAUACAUCACCGGCAGCGCCGACAUGGGGCCUCCGCCGAUGUAUCAAGCGCCGCCGCAGCAGCAGGCGGGCGGGCAGCCACCGGUCUUCCAGCCCCAGGAGCCAUACGUCGCCGGCAGCGCCGACAUGGGGCCUCCACUGAUGUAUCAAGCGCCGCCGCCGCAGCAGGCGGGCGGGCAGCAACCGGUCUUCCAGCCCCAGGCGCCAUACGCCGCUGGCAGCGCCGACAUGGGGCCUCCGCCGAUGUAUCAAGCGCCGCCGCAGCAGCAGGCCGGCGGGCAGCCACCGGCCUUCCAGCCCCAGGCGCCAUACGUCACCGGCAGCGUCGACAUGGGGCAUCCGCCGAUGUAUCAGGUGCCGCUACAGCAGCAGGAGGGCUGGCAGCCACCGGUCUUCCAGCGCCAGGUGCCGCCGCAACAGCAGGAGGGCUUGCAGCCACCGGUCCUCCAGCCCCAGGUACCAAACAUCACCGGCAACAUCGGCAUGGGUCAUCCGCCGAUGUAUCAGGCGCCGCCGCAACAGGAGGAGGGUUGGCAGCCACAAGUCUUCCAGCCCCAGGUGCCAUACGUCACCGGCAGUGUCGACAUGGGGCCUCCGCCGAUGUAUCAGGCGGUGCCGCAACAGCAGGAAGGCUGGCAGCCACCGGUCUUCCAGUUCCAGGUGCCAUAUGUUACCGACAGCGUCGACGUGGGCCCUCCACCGAUGUAUCAGGCGCCACCGCAGCAGCAGGAGGGCUGGCGUGACAGGGUGAGGUCCGAGGGGGGCCACGGCGCCCUAGCCUAUAAUGGAAAUGGCUACAAUACUGGUGGCCACGACGGCGCCGGCACCAGCUCAAGCGCAAACUUCGUCGAUGAUGAUAUGUUAACGUUGCAGUUCUGGGACGAUAUGGAGUUCGGGUUGUAGUGAGGCGCCGAUCAUGGAGCAUCGAGUCAUUUUGCUCCUAUAUGCGAGUAGUGGAUCCUCAUGCGUAGUGCAUGGUCAUGCGUCUCGCCUCAUUUUAUUUAGUUUUGGCAUGGUUAAGAUGCAUGAAUGGCAUUGUUAAUAAGGAUGGAAAUUCGGUCUC